ACAUGUAUUGCAGUCUCUGUGCGAAAGAUAAAAACGGCACCGAAACUGUCAUUCUCUUUCUGGUCAAACAAGCGACAAUCGGAGAUGAAUCCUCAAACCGAUAAGGUCGUGAAAAGAACGACGAUGGUGGCGACUGCUGUAGCUUCCUACUUCCUCUUAACUGGCGAUUACGGUCCCGAACCAAACGUUCUUGAUCCCAUCAAAAGGAAGAUAUUAUCAGCACAAGAUUCUAUGAAGCAAUUCAUCUUUGGAUCAAAGGGAGAGCCAUCUGAGAAAGAACGAUCUGACAAUGCUAAAUGAAUAUGUGUGUAGCUAGAAAUGUCAAUCUACUUUUGUGAUCAACUAAAGUGUAACCCUUUACUUUGACUUUUUAGUUUUUUUUUUUUCCAGUGACAAGUCUUAAUCUCUCCUCCAUAGUACUUGCACAAUCAAAGAUCAUGUUGUUUCAA